CCAUGCGAUCGAGAAGGGAACUUCCUUCCCGCAAACACUCCUCCCCCCCCGUCGGAGGGUAUCAACGAUUUCACGCCGUUCGAAGACCGACCGUCCUUCGAAUUCGCAGAACUGCUUUUUGAGAAGAUGAGAUCUUCUUCGGCGGACAUCAAUCAGCUCCUUCAAAUUCUCUCUGCAAAACGCGUCAUUCAAACCAACGGCCAAGACUCGUCCAACGGCUUCUUCUCCAGCACCGACACCAUGUAUCACACGAUCGAUGACAUCGACUUCGGCAACAUCGAAUGGAAGACGAUCAAAGUCCGCUACACUGGCCCCAUGGACCCAGAGGCGCACUGGAUGCAUGACGAGUACGAGUUCCACUACCGCGACAUCGAACAGGCGUUAGUCAAUAUGGCCGGCAGCGCCGAAUUUGAGAACAGCUGGGACUACAUUCCAUUCGAGGAGUAUCCUGCUCAGAACAACCGUCAGUUUUCUAACUUGAUGUCCGCACACUUUGCAUGGAAGCAGGCUGACAAGAUUGCCCAAGACCCGGCAACACAUGGAGCAAUGCUGUUCCCCCUCAUACUUGGCGCGGACAAGACGACCGUUUCGGUUGCGACAGGACACCAGGAGUUUCAUCCGGUGUAUGCGUCGGCUGGCAACCUCCACAACAGCAUGCGCCGAGCACAUGGGGAGGCCGUGAUACCCAUAGCGUUCCUGCCAAUUCCCAAAACUGUACGUCAGCACUCCGACAGCGCUGCAUUUCGCGCCUUCAAGAAACAGUUGUAUCACCACGCUCUCGCCCAUGUCCUCGCGCCCUUGUCGCCGUGGAUGACGACCCCCCGUGUGAUCCGCUGUCCCGAUGGCCAUUUUCGUCGCGCCGUUUUUGAAAUCGGGCCUUUCAUUGCGGACUAUCCAGAACAGGUAUACGUGUCAGGCGUCGUCUCCAGCUGGUGUCCAAAAUGCCGUGCCCGACCAACAGAGCUAGACAAAGCGGGCCCUCCAUGCUUCAGAGAGCAUACAGAAUGUCUCCUGGAGACAUUUGAUGCGCCCACUUUGUGGGACGUCUUUGGAAUCGAUAGCAACGUUGUUCCCUUCACCUAUCGUUUUCCCCGUGCCGACAUCCACGAGCUCCUGUCCCCUGAUCUGCUUCACCAGCUGAUCAAGGGGACCUUCAAGGAUCAUCUCGUCGACUGGGUGACUCAGUACAUUUACCUUACCGCUGAAAGCGAAGCUGAAGCGAAGCGCAUUAUGGACGAUAUUGAUCGACGCAUAGCUGCCGCGCCCUCCUUCCCUGGCCUUCGACGCUUUCCGGACGGGCGCAACUUUUCCCAAUGGACCGGAAACGAUUCGAAGGCUCUGAUGAGGGUCUAUCUUCCUGCGAUUACUGGCCACGUACCCACCCAGGUGUCUGAGUGUAUCGCAGCCUUUCUCGACUUUUGCUACCUCGCACGACGUCCGACUCACGACACGAAAACUCUUCACGACAUGGACGUCGCCCUGACCAAAUUCCACAAGCUACGCACAAUUUUUGAGGACAUUGGUGUGCGGCCGGAUGGCAUAUCCCUCCCUCGACAACACGCCCUCAUCCAUUACAUCAAAUCCAUACAGCUUUUUGGUUCCCCGAACGGACUCUGUUCGUCGAUAACAGAGUCUAAACACAUUGUCGCUGUCAAGCGACCCUGGCGAUCCUCCAACGGGUUCCAUCCCAUCAAACAAAUCCUCGCCUUCAAUACUCGCCUCAGCAAAAUGGCUGCCGCUCGCAUGGAGUUCGGGCGAUCUGGUAUGCUACAAGACAAUGUCCUUACUGACGCACUUCUCUCUUUUGAAGCUUUCGAGGGGCCUGCUCCGGGAUUCGAGUCAGAUACUAACAUCACAUUUGUAGCUCGUGCAAGUGAGUUCCUCCCGUCUUUGGUAUAUGCCCGCCUCCCAAAGCUUCGGGAGAACAUCAGAAGAUUCCUUCACGACGACAAUUUUCCGGAGCUCGACCCUGGCGACGCUAUACCACUCGAGCAAUGUCCGUACAUUGCAAAAAACCUCCGCAUCGCUGUCUACCAUCACGCAUAUGCCACGUUCCAUGCUCCCAGCGAGAUAUCAGGUCCAGGGGGGAUGCAUCGAGAGGUCAUCCGAUGCAAUCCAUUGUGGCACGGUCAGUAUGCUCGCUUUGAUACUGUCUUGGUGAAUUUACAACCAGACGGCUCCUUUUCCGACGGGAGCAUUGUCGUUGCACGAGUCCUUUUAUUUUUUAGCUUCAUGUUCGAGGAUACAAAGUAUGAAUGUGCUUUCGUAGAGUGGUUCCUCCUUCACAACGAUGAGCCUGAUGACCUUACGGGCCUGUGGGUUGUUGAGCCUGAGAUACUCGGCAAUGGCGAACGCGCCGUCGGUGUAAUUGCCAUUGAUUGUAUUGUCCGUGCAUGCCAUCUUAUGCCCGUGUUCGGUACAACUCGUAUACCCAUUACGUUUCAUUUUUCGGACACUCUAGAUGCUUUCCGCACCUACUAUGUGAACAGAUACAUAGACUAUCAUGCGCACGAAACCAUUCAUUAG